CGCGGAGCGCCACCAUCUGGUCGAAUCAGCCAGUGCGCGCGUCGAUGACGACACGAGGAAUGCAGGUUGGGAAGAGGGCAUGACCUAAGCAGACAGAACUGGCGGCUGGGUUGACAUCAACCAUAGCUGGGGGGUGUGUUUGACCGGUGGUGCAGGUGCUGGGCAUGGUGAGAAGAGGGUGCGACUAGAUGGAAACCGUGGUGCCGUAUUCUUGUGAGGCUCGCGAUUGGAAGGUGGGAGGCCGUGACAGCGGAUUGUUACUACAAAUCUGCGGAGGAUGGCGUUCGAAGCUUCGGACAGCGGCAGUGAGCAGGGGAAGGGAAGGCGAGUGGUGGUCCCCAUCUUCUCACAGGGCCACGAGACUAAAGACUGGUCUCGGUCGAGAAGACUGGCCCGCACAGCCAUAACUCUUCUGAGUGACGACAACGAUUGAUUUGCAGGUAAGCGUACAUGAAGCAGGGGGAGUGUAAAGUAAAUAUUGGCAUGGGAAAGGGGGAGAGAAAGUGAGGAUAAGCAAUCGACCAUCAAUCGACCAAGGUAAAGAAAGACGACAAGCAGAGAGUACGGGUGAGGUCGACCAAGGAGGCGAUGAAUGGAUGAGAAGAGUUGGGGGAACGUAAAGGAAACACCGACAUGGGAAGACGGGAGAGAAGGUCAGGCCAAAGCGGAUCUGCAGCAAGUCCAGACCCCGCUGCUGCUGCUGCUGCAGCGGCAAGUGGUGGUGAAGGGACUUCUGGAACUGUUGCAGCCCCGGGCCCGGACCCAGCAAUGGCUGGGCCAGGCGGCAACUUUGCUUUCAUCGACAGGAAGGCGGCGCAGAUUCCGUCCAAGUACGACGGAAAGGACGACAUCGAGUCUUGGAUCAGCUCUAUGCGGUCCUACUUUUAUGUAUUCGGGACACCCCCGUCCACUCAGUCGUCUAUUCUGGGGACCAAUGUGGAGCCCGUCGUGUGGGGUUUCCUAGAAACCCAAGCUGUCCAAUCAGGCUAUAAGAGAAUAGACCUGAACAACUGGCUGAAGGCUACGCCUACUACCGCACUUGAGGAUCUCUUGAUCAAGCAAUAUGCUGAUCCACAUGCUGCAGCUAAAGCAAGACUCAAGCUUGACAAGCUGAAGCACAGCAAGUGGACCGGCACCAUGCACAGUCUGCAGCAGUACGUCAGUAAACUCUUUGCUACUCCGGAUCUGGAGAUGACUGCGCAGUCUUGUUUGGAUGUGAUAAAAGUGUUUCGCAAUCAGAUCAACCGAUUUGUUGUUGUAUAUCUGGAUGACAUUCUUAUCUUCAGCAAAUCAAUGGAGGAGCACAUGAGACACCUUGAGGAAGUGAUGCAGAUCCUCAAGGACGCGCAACUCCAUCUCAACUUGGAGAAAUCUGAGUUUGGGAGGGACAACGUCAUCUACCUUGGACAUCGGUUGUCUGCUGCAGGCCUAGAGCCUAAGGCAACCAAGGUUGAGGUCAUCCAAAAGUGGCCCCAACCUGCGAAUGUCCGCGAGUUGCGUUCUUUUCUUGGUCUUGCGUCGUACUACCGUAAGUUUGUGCCUAAAUUUUCUAUCAUUGCCCGUCCAUUGUCUAGACUAACCAGCAAGAAUGUGUCCUACGCAUGGAAUGAAGAAUGCACGACAGCCUUUGAAGCAUUGAAAGAGGCUUUGGUGAGUCAUCCGGUGCUCCGCAUUGCAGAUCCCAAGCUUACGUUCGUAGUAACUACGGAUGCAAGUUUGUAUGGGAUUGGUGCAGUGAUGCAGCAAGAUGAUGGCGAUGGUUUAUGUCCGCUGGAAUACUACAGCAAACGCAUGCCCAGCCACAAGGUAGUUGCCUCCACUUACAUGAGAGAGCUCUAUGCCUUGAGAGAGGCACUAGACCAUUGGAAACACUACCUCUUGGGUCGCCAUUUCAAAGUGUUCUCGGAUCAUGAGACUUUGAAGUGGAUUCAGACAUAGAUAAACCCAUCAACUACGCUGACCCGCUGGCUGCAUGAGAUUGAUGUGUAUGAUUUCGAACUAAAACACAAGAAAGGCUGCUAUAAUCGUGUUGCGGAUGCUUUGUCUCGCCACCCUGAGUACAUGACUUGCCUAGUGGGUUCCUACGAUCUUCGCAAGGACUUACAGAAGGAACUCAUUGAGCACACUGCCAAGGAUCCGGAACUCAGUCCCAUCCUUGAGCAGAUUCGGGCUGACCCUAGUAGUUAGCCUGAUUUCCAUGAAUGUAAGGGCCUUCUCUUUCGACGCUACGGUAAGCAAGACCGGUUCUGUAUACCCAACCAUGAGCCAAUCAUCACUCACUUCUUGGAUUUGGCUCAUGGCCGGAGUGGACACUUCCGUGUUGAGAAGACAUACGGAAAUUUGUUGGAAAGGUUUGUGUGGCCUGGAAUGAAAAGAAUGGCACAAA